AUGGCUACGAUCGCGAUUCCUCCUUCUAUAGGCGCCUCACUGGAUGCGCUGGGUGGUCAGCCGUUGAAUACAAGGCGACCAGCGGCUCCAUCCUUACCCAGCUUUGAACUGCCCCCUCCGCCGUUUGCCCAGUUGGCUACCGGCAACAAAUAUCAAACACAUCCUUCAAUAUCGCAUCCCCCUGCGAAUGUGAGUGUGGGUAAUCUGCUUACACCACCGGCGACGAACCAGACCAACUCAGUCGAGGCACCCUCGUCUGGUGUAUCGUCCGAUCUUCCUCCGGCAUAUUGGUCAGGGACGAGCCCUUAUGGAGCAGGAGCGGCACCAAGCUGGAAUUCCAACCCUACCUAUUCCGCCCGUAGUUCGUUCUCUCCAUCGGGCAUUGUAAGUCGCUCAGCCUCAGUCACCUCUCCACCCACAUCCGAUGGCAUGUCGCAUCAUUUUGAGGCGCCCUCGUUGGCAUCAUUUUCGCAAGCGCUGCCUGCGCCACCAUCCACCCUAACUCACAACCCCUCCCUUCCGGCCACCAUGGCUCUUUACCAACCCGGCCACGUAUCGCCAGCACCGUUACCAUCCAAUGACCCCUACGCCCGACACCACUCGCUUUACGCGAAUCCCCAUAUGGCCGGCCCGCACCCAACCGGCUUCUCUCCUAUGUACGGCCCACCAUCCAUUGGAGCGGGGCUGGGUAUUCACCCAUCCGCACGGAUGCACUCACAGAGUCCUACCGUUCAAUCGCCUCUCGGAUUUCCCCGCCAACCGUGGCCAUCAUAUUCGCUACCGGCCAUGAAUGGACCCAUGAUGACGAACAUGCAUAAUCCCAAUGGUCCCAUGUCGAUGAUGGGGGGCAUGCAGCCCGGUCUUUUACCUGGAUUUAAUAGUGGCCAUGUGGCCAACACACAACAUCUAUACGGAGCGCAUGCACCCCACCAUGGGAUGCCUGCCCCAGCCGCCGACCGGCCCUUUAAAUGUGACCAAUGUCCCCAGAGCUUUAACCGGAACCAUGAUUUGAAACGCCACAAACGGAUUCACUUGGCUGUGAAGCCAUUCCCUUGCGCCCAUUGCGACAAAAGUUUCUCUCGGAAGGAUGCUUUGAAGCGACAUAUAUUGGUGAAGGGAUGUGGAAAAGAUGGUGAUCAUGACACCGGCUCUCACACGGCCAGCGACCUUGUCAAGGGCGAAGGGCGAAGUGAAGAUGGCAGCCCGCUGAGUAAUGGGCGUACCUAA